GCCGGUGAAUUUGAGUUUACGCGACGAAAAUGGUUGGGUGGAAUAAUGAACUAACGUUUCAAUUCAUUGAAAGAUACCAAAACGAGCCAUGCAUUUGGAAUCCCAAACAUAAGCAUCACAAGGAUAAAAUAAAGGUUUAUGAUGCAUGGCUUCGCAUUGCAAAUGCUAUGGGAGUACCUGACGUGGCUGAUGUAAAAAAGAAAAAGGAGUCUCUCAUGACGGCUUUUCGAUUAAACCACAAGAAAGUCAUUGCAUCUCGCAAAUCUGGCGAAGAAAUAUUCAAACCCGUGUGGGUCUAUUACGAUACUUUGGCGACUUUUAUGGCGGAUGUAUACGAGUGCACGUCCACACUUACUUCAGAAGAACAUAUUGAACCUAAUGGCAAUACCGAAGGCGACGGUGAUAACACAAUAAGGGCUUUGCACAAAAGGCCCAAUAGAUUUAUCAACGAUAUCCUUAAAAAGUCUUCUAGCCCUGUCCGAAAACACUCUUCAGGACAUCUAGAAAAGCGCAAACAUACUCCUGUUAGCAAGUUCAGUAAAAUACGAAGUCACGAUGAGAGAAAUAGCACUAAUAGCGCCCUUGAACCAACGGACGAAUUUCAGAUAUAUGGGUUGUAUGUUGCUAGUCAGUUGACGUCACUUUCCGAGAAGCAAAGCCUUAUAGCCAGAGAAAAAGUCAAUAUUAACUCAAUGCAGAUUGCAAGAUAUAAGGAAGAGAAAAAAAAUACUAUCAAGUACAAACGCAAGUAACUUUCACUCGGAGAAUGAACUAAAAAACGUACAGUUUGUUUUAUGUGAAGAGAGUGAUAAUGAUAAAUACAAAAGUAAAAUAUCAUCGUCAAAUCAAAAUUCUGCGAAUCAUUUAGACUCUGAUACUGACAUACUAGAAGAUAACUUUAUAAUGCACGUUGAAGAUAUAAAGGGCGAAGGGAACGAUGACCAAAAUACUGACAGUGA